GAAGUUUGGUGGACUGUGAUACUUAAAAGUUGCCCCCAUCAGGAGUAACUUUUAGGACUCAAAGGUCGGUGUGAAGACUCGGCGGUAUGACUGCCCUGUACGUUUCCGCGGCGGUGUUGGGGGCUGCGCUGCUCCUCAGCGAGGGGAUCCGCCGGACAGCGGCGCGGCUCUGCCCCGGAGCUCACGGGAUUUACCUGCUGGAAGCGGCGUCCACCUUCCAGCUCUGCUGCUGCACUCAUGAGCUCAAACUUCUGGGUGAAACGGCGCAGCUGGAGCCGCCGGUCGGCCUGGCCCUCACCUACAUCAUGACGGUUAUCCACUUGUCAACUUUCCGGGGGGCGACGUGUAACCCCAGCGCGGUUCUGGAGAGAGUUUGCCGCGGCAGCGGCAGCGUCAGGGCGGCCAUCGUCCUCGUCGCCUGCCAGUUCGGAGCUGCGGUCGCCGCGCAGUAUUUCGCAGCAUCCGUGUGGUCGCUGGGUCUCUCAGACGUCCACAUCCGGCACCAGAGGUUCGGGUUUAGAUGUUUCGACCCCCUCGGCGGGACUCUGCUGGAGGCCGCCGCCGUAGAGCUGGGCUGCGCCUUCGCGGUCCAGGCUGCCGCCAUGCACAUCCACAAAGUGGACGAAAAACUGCGAGUUCACUUCAUCGCCGCCGUGAUCACCGCGCUGGUUUACGCAG